AUGGCCUUCCGAGGCCUUUCUCCAGUUGUGCCACGAAUAUGUCAACGACCCCCGCCAGAAAUAUUCAUAUCCCUCGAAGGGGUGAAAACAGUCGGUGACCUUGUCUCCCGCCAAUCACUAGGCAGUGAGCUCGAUCUCAUGAGCUACGAACGUUACGCUGUCGAAGAGCAUUUCAUAUCUAUAAAGCAUAAGGCCUGGAGGCCCCGUUCCGAUCAAUUAUGUGUGUUUCGAACAAACGAAGAGCUUGAGACACUACUCUUCGUGGUCGAAAACAAAGCUGGCCAUAAACUUCGGCCUGCAAAUCUACGAGUCGGGCUACAACCCUCAAACUUCUGGGAAGAGGUUGUGCAGGCUCACGAAAUCCCCAGUGACCAGGAGGAGAAACUCAUAUACGACACCAAGCAGAUCAGUGGUGCUGCCAUCACACAAAUAUUUGACUACAUGAUCAAGGAAGGGGUCGAGAACGGGUAUUUGACGACUGGUCAGGCUUUUAUUUUCCUUCGUAUCAAGGAAGAUGAUCCGACUACACUAUAUUACCACCUUGCUGAACCUAUUCGAAAUGCUGAAGCUCAGGAUGGCAAUCAUAUCCCCCGUUCUAGCACCGCAAUAGCAUCAGUUCACACGGUAUACUUCAUGGCCUUGGGUCAUGAAGCAGAGAAAAGAGACCAAGAGUGGCGGUCUUGUGCAGUUGUGCAAUUUUCGCUCUUCACACGUGGGCUGUUUGAUGUAGAGUACAUCUUGGCGAAAUUGCCGGCCGAGGAGGGGAGCCGAACACCACCUGAUUCAAGCUACGUCCCAUCAAGCCCGCUUUCCAGUAACAUCCAACAGGAAAAAACUCGACGACCGCGUCGACUGCAAGGUUGCUGUGCGGACCUCGACGGCGCGGACCUCGACGGCGCAACCUACGAUUCACCCUCGGAUAGCUCUGAAGGGGAUGACCCCAGCAACAGCAACACAUGGAUCCAUGAGGGGAAACGAUACGCAGUAGUUAUAUCUCCGCCACGGCCGCCUCCGGCAAAACGACAGCUGGAAUCGCAGUAG